AUGUCACUGAGGUCGGGCAAAUCAAUUCGUCAGCUAUUUUUCAUAUUAGUGAUUUUGGUAUUACUAUCAACUUGCUGGUAUGCAUUACAGUUCACGCUUGCUGUCCGUUAUGUAGUAUCUCACGAAGCAUCUGAAGAAACAGCUAUGUCAAGAGUUAUGAAUAACAAAAAUGAUGAAGCAACUUUGAAAGAACAAGUUUUGAGAAUAUGGAUGGAAGCAAUUGUCAUAAAGAAUCGUAUUGAGUCUUACCUAGCUCAGAUUCCAUCUACUAUAAUGGAUUCAUUGUGGCUGUGGUGGUGGAAACUGUUUAAGAAGUUAGACAUAAACAAAAUAUCCGUUCAUACUAAUGUAACGUCAGCCGUAACAGAGGACACACUAUUUAUCUACAAAGCCUUUCUCGAUCAGCGAAAAUCUGAAGAGCCUUUGAUCCGAGUUCUCGCUUUUGGUCAGUGCCGUGAAAUUCAGGUAUUACUGCGUUACGGUAAAUUUCUCAUAUCAGUAAAAGAGGUCACUGUGGAGUACCAUUGUCCAUGGCAAUGGGCACCGUACUGCAAAUGGUUCUCAUUUAUGCUUGUCUUCAGUUUAAGCAAUACCAAUUUCUCGACUGAUACGGACCAUAUAUUUUUAAUGAAACGAAAUCAAAUUAUAACAGUUCCACUGAAGAUUUUACCUCAACAAUAUGAAGACACACUACACGUAUGUGUGCCUCCACUUUAUUGGUAUUGGAAUUAUGUGGCACUUAUUCAGUUUAUUGAAAUUUGGAGCAAACAAGGCGCUACUGUCUUUCACAUUUAUUAUGUUUCAGUUAAUCAACACACAAUGGAUAUACUCAAAAUAUAUGAACGAAUGGGCAUUAUUAGAUUAAUACGCUGGCAAAUGCUUCCGAGAUCAGAUUUGACCGAUCCUAAUCGAUGGAUUUAUCGGUUUGGUCACACACUUAGCAUGAAUGAUUGUUUGUAUACUUCCACAGCAAAAUACGUUGCGUUAGUUGAUACUGAUGAGUUCAUCAUUCCCAAUUCUGGAACUUUGCUACCUUUUUUACGUGAAGCACAUAAUUUAAAUGGUUUGGCUGGAAGUUUUGUUUUCGAGCAUGCGAAAGUUCGGUUUCCAGGCUGGAAGGAAUUUGAAUUGCAACCUAAACUUGAUUUUUUCUGGCUCAAAAAUGCAGAAUUCCAUUUGCAAAGAGGCCCAUCAAAAACAGUUUUCAUGCCUGAACGUGUACAAAUUAUUGUCACGCAUACAGUUCGCGAGUUUCUUAAACCAUACAAACCAUUCAUAGUAUGGAUUUUUCCUUUUAAUUUGUUCCAUUGCAAAUUUUUUUCUCUCAAGUUAUUCCAACAAUAUGUAAGUUUGUUGAAUACAAAGUACCAGAUACUGAUGUCAAAAGUACCAUGGCCAGAACAAAAUCUGAUUCCUUGUUGGAAAGAUCAUUCUAAAACUAUCGAAGGUUGCUUAUCAAAAUGGCGUUUAUACGGUUGCAAGGCUCCUUAUCAUUUGUGCGUGUCUGAUUUACAUGAUAAAGAUGAAUGGAUAUUCAGUCACGUCAAUGUUAGCAGUGAUUAUAUACUCUUUUAG